AUGUUUAAUGAACAACAAUGGUUUGAGGAACCUUCUAUAUCUACAUUACCAGAUUUUGAAGAGUAUGAAUUUAUAUUACAAGGUGCUUUUGCUAUUGUGCAAGAACAACAUGCAGUAAGUAAUACUUGGUAG